UUUGCUUCCAUCCACUCUGCAUCUCACCACCAGCAUAUCCAAUUCUUCUUCGACAGUCAUCAGUAACAGCAGCAAUUCAAUUCGUCACCAUGCGUUUCUCCACCUCCCUCGCCCUCCUCGCCGCUGCCGCCGUCAACGCUCUCCCCCAGGACGUCCAGCCCAUCUCCCAGAUCAGCGAUGGCCAGAUCCAAGCUCCCCCGGCCACCCCUUCGCCAGUCGUGAGUGAGACUCCUGAAGUCGGCCUCCCUAGCAUCGUCCCUCUCCCUAGCAUCGUUGAAACUUCGGGCCUCUACACCGCCACCGUGACCGCCUCUACUCUUCCAGGCCUCCCUUACAUCGUCACCGUGAGCGCCCCUACCUCGCCGCUUUACACCGCUACCGUGACUGCCUCUUCUGGUGGUAACACCACCGUCUCCGUGCCCACGGGCCCUAGGACCUCUUCUCCCGUGCAAUCCCAGACGUCCACUGGCACCGGUGCUCCCACCACGUCUUCGUCCCAGUCUGCGCCUCCCUCUGACUCUACUGCCGCCGCCAAUGCCAAUGCCUUUUGUCUCUCUACCAUCGGAACGAUAUGUCAAUGACUCUGCUUUCGGUGGCGCAAGGAGGGGGAUAUGGCAUGGAUUAUGGAUUACUUCACGAAUGAUCUUGUGAUGACCGCGCCGGUA